CGGCAGACCAGCGGGGGCGGGGAGAGGGACGGGAUGACAGCAUCGGAAAUAUCCGAGCAUCUUCCUGGGGUCGCUGCGAAUCUGCCCUUUCUUCUGUACACUGUUUUCUUUUUCAUUUCGCGCUGGAGACUGCACUCCAUUGCCGCGGAUAACGAGUGAGGGGAGAUACCCUGAUACGUUGUCUGUUUUCGGGAAUCAGGAAAUCAAGGAUUGGCACUGCAUUGCUUUGACAAAUACUGCCUGAUGUCUUCACUAAGGUCUUUCUGAAGAGUGAGCUCAAGGCAACAUCUUGUGUUUGGCCUCUCUACUCAACCAAAUGAAGGUUCCUUCCAUUUGUUUCCCUAGCUAUAUUGCUCUACCACCUCUCUGUUAGCUAAGUAUUCAUGAAACUCUUUCCUGAACCAGCAUAGAAAGCUUAGGCCACUUGAACCCUGUGUCAUGGAAGCCUUGGAAGUAGAUGAUAUCAGCCCCGCCUUAGAGGUCACUGAGGAUUUCUUUAGUACUUUUGAUAGCAAGCUAGAAAAGGCAGUCCAGCAAGCAGAGGUCUAUGGGGUUCAGGAAGUCCCUGAACUGGUGGGGCAUGAGGUACUCAGUAACAUAACAGACAAUGGUGCUUUGAGAAACGUUGCUACCCUGGGCAAGGGGGCCAUGGUUUGGGACCACUGUAAGAGCAGGCUUUUAGAAACCAAAGCUCAAAAUGUCUUCCCUGCCAAAGAACAGCUUAUGGUUCAGAGAGGCACAGCCCCAGAUAACCUUUCCUGGAUGGAACAAAAGGAAGCGUCAACCUUUCAUUUUUUCAACAUCUGUCAGCGCCGGAGGGACAGACCUCGUUCUGUGAAUGACUUAUUGGAUGAGACCACUACUUUCAAGCCAGGUCACGCUAGAUCAAGGUCAGAUAUUACCCAUGUGGACUGGAGAGUUGUUCUCAACACCAUACCUUUGCAGCAGCAGCAGCCAUCUCUUCAAGGCCCUCACUUUGCCAGACAGUCUUUUCUGUUGCCCUCACCAAGUAAGGUCAGAGAUGCUCAAGGAAAUACAGAACUCAAGCAGACAUUCCCAAACAUUCUGAAGAAGGGUUACCUGGAGAUUAGGAAGGACCACGACAGUUACUGGCAAAGCUGUUAUGCAGAACUCUCACCUUACAGCUUAUACCUCUACAGCCUCGACAGCAGCGGGAGCCAGAACCUGUAUGCCACGUACCAGCUUUCACACUUCCAGAGUAUAUCUGUUUUGAGCAAUCUUGAGGCCAGGAUGGUAGAUACUGUUCUCUAUGACAACUCUCAGCUGCAACUGAAGGCAGAGUCCCCAUGGGAGGCUUUGGACUGGGGACAGAAGCUCUGGGAAGUCGUGCAUGCCACUGUGCCUGGCUAUCUGGGACGGCAGGAUGAGCUGGCAAAUUCACCAGGGCUUGGUCAUCAUCAUGUUGACUGUACACAGAACGUCUCUUUACAGAAGAAAUCCAAUGGGCUGCUGUCCUGCUCCCCUGUAUUGGAAAGCCCCAAACAGUACGAACACAUUCUCAAAUCAGGGACACUGUACAGGCUUACUGUUCAAAACAACUGGAAGGCGUUUACAUUUGUGUUGAGCAAGGCCUAUCUUAUGGCUUUUCACCCUGGCAAGCUAGACGAAGAUCCCCUAUUGAGCUACAAUGUGGAUGUCUGUCUGGCUGUACAGAUAGACAAUCUGGAUGGCUGUGACUCUUGCUUUCAAGUCAUUUUCCCUCAAGAUGUCCUCCGCCUCCGAGCUGAGACCCGACAGAGGGCUCAGGAAUGGAUGGAGGCUCUGAAGACAGCAGCCAAUGUGGCGAGGAGUUCUGAGCAAAAUCUGCAAGUCACAUUGAGGAACAAACCCAAGGAUCAGAUAGGUGGCCAUGAGCUCCGGAAGAACAAGCGUCAGUCUGUGACCACCAGUUUCCUGAGCAUCCUGACAACUUUGUCUUUGGAGAGAGGACUCACUGCUCAGAGUUUCAGAUGUGCAGGAUGCCAGCGAUCUAUCGGUCUUUCCAACGGCAAGGCCAAGGUGUGCAAUUACAGUGGGUGGUACUACUGCAGCAUCUGCCACGUGGACGACAGCUUUCUCAUUCCAGCACGUAUAGUCCACAACUGGGACACUUCAAAAUACAAGGUGUCCAAGCAGGCCAAAGAGUUUCUGGAGUAUGUGUACGAAGAACCCCUGAUCGACAUUCAGCAGGAGAAUCCCAUGCUGUACCUCCACGCGGAGCCACUGGCCACUGUUGUGAGGCUGCGGCAGAGGCUGAAGUCGCUCCGAGCCUAUUUGUUCAGCUGCCGGGCAGCGGUGGCGGAGGAUCUGCGCCGCAGAAUCUUCCCCAGAGAAUACCUCCUUCAACAGAUCCACCUGUAUUCCCUUGCUGACCUACAGCAGGUAAUAGAGGGAAAGCUGGCUCCAUUCUUGGGCAAGGUCAUUAAAUUUGCCACCUCACACGUAUACAGCUGCAGCCUUUGUAGCCAGAAGGGGUUCAUCUGCGAAAUCUGUAACAAUGGCGAGAUCCUCUACCCUUUUGAAGAUAUUUCAACAAGCAGGUGUGAAAGCUGCGGCACUGUCUUCCAUUCUGAGUGCAAAGAAAAGUCUGUCCCUUGCCCGAGGUGUGUCCGCCGAGAGCUGCAGAAGAAGCAGAAGUCCUUCUGGCGGCGGCUGAACGUGGACGAGAGCCUGGAGGAGGCCUGCACCAUGUUCGAGCUAUCCUACCAGAACACUUGAGUGCCGACCAGGCACUCACCCGCAACCACCUGAGGGGCCACUCUCACCCCUGUCUAGACGAGGCUGUUUCUUCUUCAUCUAGAUGUAGAUACAUAGGUUUAUUUAUUUAUAUACACGUACAUAUAUAUCCUGUACGUAUCCUUUGUAUAACUCAUUUGUCAACAGGUCCGCAGAGCUUCUGUGGCUGAAUACCUACAGAUAGCUGAAUUACACUUGGCCAUGAAUUUCAGCUGCUUGUUCCCAGCAAAAUGUGGUUUACAUACAUUGCUUUAUAGUUCAGACCCUUCCUCCACAUACACACUGGCUCUGAGGGCCGUUUUAUUACAGGACAUGGGAGGAAGCAUCUCCAGCAGCAAAAGCUUUGGGUUUUUUUUUUCUGUGUUCUUUAUUUUUAGCCUCUGCUGGGGGAACUGAGGUAGGAACCACUGUCAAUGGCAUCACAAGGAAAUCUCUAAAACACAAGAAUGCUGCUGUGUCCCUCCAGGCCCUGGGUCCCUGGCAGAGAUGGGGACAGUGAAGCACAACCUCUCUGCAGAAAGUCAGGGCUCCCUUCUUCAAAAGAAAGUAUUAGGAACAGAGCUGGUCUGGGCUUGAAGUUCAUCCCAGAAAGUGUUUUCCUGAGUAAAGGAUGUCUGGGACCAGU